UUAAGCAUGAACAAGUUUGCCUGGCCGCCAAGCUAAGAUCACCUUCGGCGGCCAUUAACUCUUCUUCUUCGUCUUCUUCUUCUUCAUCUUGCGACAUCCAUUUCAUUUUCUCAGACAAUGGUGGAUUUUCAAUCUUAAUUCUUCUUCAUUAAACUUGGCCUUGAUUUUGUUCAAAUAAAAAACCAUGUAAUUAAUCUUGAAUCAAUCUCUCUAAAUGCCCUCAACUCCACCUCCUUCUUCCCCAUAAAGUCCAGUUUCCAGCAUCAACUCCCAUCUUCCAUUACUUCAAUACCCUCUUCCGGCACCUGCAAUUUAUUUCUAGCAUAAUGCAACCAAGGAAGAAGUUUGAAGGGAAGAAGAACGAGAAAGAACAAGAAAUAAGAUAUGGAGCUGGAAUUGGGACUCAAGAUCACCCGUACGAGAGAUGAUUUAACUUCUAGUACCGAUUUUCGGAUUGCAAAAAACCCGUCUGGUGUUUUAUUUUGGUCUAAAGAAACAGAGUCCAUGUUCAUCCUCAUUAUACAUCUCAGAGGUUUCAGAAAGGAGAACAUCGAGAUAGAGAUAAACAGAGAUGGGAAUCAGAUUGUAAUCAGCGGGAAGAAACCGGUUCAGGAGAUGGUACUAAUAAAUUGGAUUAUGAGGAAGAAGGAGGUGGAGUUGAGGGCAUUUAGGAAGGUUUUUCGGAUUCCCUGCAUGGUGAAUUUGGACAGAAUCAAGGCCAAGUUUAAUGAAGAAGAAUCAACUAUGAACAUCACCAUGCCCAAGAAGGUGAAGGGAAUUUCCGGGUUGAAGAUUGAGGAAGAAAGCAAUGAAGAAGAGUUGCAGGAUACAGGAGAAGUCGAAAUAGAGAGUAAAACAGGAGAAAUACAGAGGAUCUCUGUGGAUCCCAAACUCGAAAACAUGGAGGAAACAAGCCUGACUUCAGAAGAAAGUGCCAACGACCUGAAAAAAGAAGAGACAUCGAGAGAAGAAAUUUGUGAGAGAGUGAAUGAAAGCACAGAAGAAAACGAUCCCAUGGAGAAAAUUGAAGAGCCGUCUGUAGAGUUUCCUGAAACAGAGGAGGAAGAACUGGUAGCAGAAAAAUUUGAAGAGAAAAAGAUUGAGGAAGAAACAGAGCAAGAAGUUGAAGAGGGAACAGAGAUACAGCAAAUUGGGGAAAAUAAAGAUUUCGCCACUGACAAAGACGAAAGUGAACCGGAACUUAAUCUUUCUACGGAACUUGAAAAUUCGACGGUCGAAUUAGUGGAGGUUCCUGAUCCGAUAAUAACAACUGAGGCAAUUGAAAUGCCAGAGCCAACGCCAUUAUCGUUCGAAGAAACAGAGAGAGAGGAACCUCCUGCAGCAAACAAGAAAUCCGAAACAGAGGAAGUUGCAGAAGCAGAGGAGACAUUUACAAAUGAUGAAACAGAGGAGGAGGCUCAAGAAAUCCCAGAUUUAACCAUUAAAUUUAAAGGAGAAGAAGAUAAACAGACAAAUCCAGAUGGGAACAAAGCUCCAACCAGAAAAUCCAAGAGGCCUAGACUUUGUGAUCCUUUACUUGUCGCGGGAUCAGCAUUGCUUGUGUCACUUAUAGUGAUUCUGAUUCACUUAAUCAGAUCCAAGAAAAGAUAAAAACAACACACCAUAUAAAUCUUCUGCUCUGUGCAAAUUGCAUUUGGUGAUUACCGUAUCUGUGUAUCAGAUGGGAUAUAACUAGUUGGAGAACUGUAUCAAAGGAACAUUUUCAUAUUAUUGAAGCGAAGAUGGUGCAAGACAACCUUCGCAUGUUAAAAGAAUAAAAUUUCUACA